AUGCUCUUUGGUAGGAGUAAGGCUCGAAACAGAUGUCUUGGUAAAAUUAAGUUAUUCGAAGAACAUGGCGAACUCUUAACCUUAUUCGAGAAAUUCCGAGAGCUGAAGACUAAAGAAGACCAGGCAAACAGUCUGGAACUUCAGGAGCAUGCGAACACGGUGAUGACCACACUGGAUGAGGGCAUCAAGGGUUUGGAUAACCUGGACGCCUUCUUCGACUUCCUGCAUCAAGUGGGGGCGUCACAUCGCAGGAUACCCGGCUUCAAGGCCGAAUACUUCUGGAAAAUCGAGCAACCCUUCCUGGAAGCAGUCGAGACCACGCUUGGAGAUCGCUACACAGAAAACGUGCAGAACAUAUACAAAAUAACCAUAAAGUUUAUCAUAGAAACUUUGGUGAACGGAUUUGAUAAUGCGAACACAACAACGCCUACGUGAAACCAUUGUGCUUUUGUGAACGAUGAUUAUUGGUACGCUCCUCGUAUAAAGGUACUGUUAGUGUGGAAAUUUCGUAUAUAUGGACAUUUUAUAUGCGCUCUGUUAAUAUCGGGAAAUGAUAUACCCUUCGUGUAAGUAUAAGCAGUAAAAAAGGUUAGAAUGGCAACUACGCAACUGCCGAUCGCUGGUUGGAUGGCGGGUUCCCCCGACCCAGCAAGCAUCAGAAGAAAGCAAUGUUGCCGUUUCUUAUUUUGUUGUAUAACGUUCUAUAAACACUGAAGAAGAUGCUGCUUUGUUUAGAUGGAAUACCUAGGUAACAUUUACAUUGUAGGUGCAACUGAUCAGUGAUCUUUUUGAGUUUUUGAUGCAAAAAGCCGAUUUUUGAGCUAACAUGUAAUAGGUAAUAUACAAGUGGCAUAUUUUGCUCAUUUUUUCUAUAUAUAUGUUCUGAAAAUGUCAUUUGCUAUACAAGGUCUCCCAGAAUUUAUGGAUUUACAUAGAAUAUAAUAGUAUUAUAGAUGAUUUGAUAUUUGGAUCAGUUAUGCAACAACAACAACCUCUGAAUUGACUUGCUCAUCGUACAGUGUUAUCUAGGUGCUUCUGUUUAAAUUUCAUAUAGUGAAAUAUAACCUGUCGAGAUAAACCAGAUUUAGUUCUGAUACACGAUAGAUUUUCUACAGGUAGACCGAAAUUUGCUCAAGUCAGCAAACAUUUGUCCUUUUGGACCACGAUCUGCUGAAAAUCUGCCUAAGAAAUAUUUGGAAGCUCUCUUUGCAAAAUUACAAAAUCUAGUAUCAUGAGCGGUAAAUGAAGAUAACAUAAUCAAUUGGUUGACUGUGAUGACAGAUGCUUAUCUGUCAAUUAAAUUAUUAUAUGGUAUCUUCUGGAAUAUAAUAUACUAACCAUAGACACGUAAACUGAGCCAGAGGUAAAUUUUUAUUUAUAAAUUGUGCUUAGUUAACUUCCUACAGCAUUCACAUGUGAAUAGCCUUGCGAACAAUUUCUCUCAAAGAAAUGUUGUACGUAACUCUAAAUUCUCGUUUUCAAAGAUGAAUAUUAUGUACAGGGACUCCCAACGAAUAUGGAAAGUCGUUUUUCAGAGAAACUGUAUAAGAUAUUCGAAAACGGUUUUCGCGGGAAGAUUGAUAUCUUUAAAUUGUAUAUUUGGAUAUAUACAGGGUGUUGCUCAAAUCUGUGGUACAGCAAGCAUAUGCUUUCUUAAUUGGAUCAUCCUAUAUUCUAUUAUGUAUUUGGAAAUGCUUUUCCAAGGCAAGAGUAUUUUUAUAAUAUACUGUAGUGCUCUGAAGGCCGUUUGUUUAAAAAAUGCCUAUAUUGAAAGGCUUUUUCAUCCGCCACUUUGCAUAAUUUUUCGGUGAACUUUGGAGAGAGAAUAAAAAAGUACGCAAAUUUUGAGAUCAACUGCGAAAAGUGAUAAUAUGGUAUCUAACUGGAACACCGUAUACAUAUUUUUACACCAUCAUAGUCGCCUUUUCAUCGGCUUUCUUUUGAUAUAAGGUUUUUACUAUCUAGUGUAUUAUAUGAAUCUUGUUGUUCUGGAAAGGUGUUUCCGAAUAUCUAAAAAACACAGCCUUCCAUCAAGAAAACAUAUAUUUGUCGUGCCACGGAUUUGUGCAACAUCUUGUGUAUUUCCAAGUAAUUUAGAGAUAUACACUACUUUCCAUAUUCUUUGGGAAAACCUGUACACGGUUUUGAUCCGAAUCCCGCUGUUAUCUAUAAAUAAUGUGUCUUUUCCCUAAAGCACUGACGUUUCCGAAUUCCAAAAAAGUAUAUUUGAUAGCAGAGUAUUUAUGAAAUGUUUCGACGAUUUUAUCUCCAUUCCAUUUCUAUCAUGGCUUAUGCAUCACCAGAAUGAACUUCUAUAACACAAAAUCCUUCAAUGUAUAUUUUUCAAAGACUAACAUCCAAAGAGUGUGUAUUUCUAGUCUUAAAAACGUACUAUAAGUAUAUAGCUCAUUCCCAUAUACUUAUGUCGGUAUCAACUAUAUGACACAUCCCUACACGGAUCAAAGUGAGACUGUGAAAAUAUUGUGUUGGCAACUAAGUUAUUGUGGACUUUGUAGACAGUUGAAAUUUACAUUUUCUUUUGUUCCGUAUCCAAACUACCUGUUAGGAUUAUAUUCCUCUAUUAAGUAAAGUAACUAUAUCGAUUAGUUCUUUAGUUUUGUUUCUAUGAUAAUUUGAAAAUAGAAGAACGAGACCAUAACAAGUUGCCGCAUAUAGGAAUGGGACCUUGAAAGAAAAGCAGUGCCAAAAAUGCUCAACGAUCUGGCCGUCCAGUUGAUCAGUCAAUGAGACCCAUAUCAAAGUUAUCGAUUUAGACAACAGAGAUUCACCAAAAAGAUUUUAUGUUUUCAGCCUGAUGGGAUUAUAAAGGAACUCUGUACAUUAAACUUUUACCAAACAACCAAUUUACGUUCAAGAACUUGCCAUACUGACUGCAACAAUUCAAUCAAAGCGUCCAGAAUUCGGAAUUUGCAAUGGUGUUGUUUUCCACCAUGAUAAUGCAAAACCCCAUACAUCUUUAUCGUCGACCUUGCGCCAUCCAUAUAUAAUAACCAUUUAUUUCGUUCCGUACAGAACUCCUUAGAUUGUAAUUUUUUCAAUGACGCUAAUGAAAUGAUGUCAAAUCACACAUAUAUCAGUUCUUUGAUAGCAAAGGUCAGACAUUUAGUGAACGGGGAAUCAUGUAACUAUCUGAACGAUAGCAAAAGGACAAAUACGGACAGUACCUAGUUAUGUUUUCAAACACAAAAUUUCAUUUUUCUUCAUUAUCUGAAUUCCAUCAAUCACGUAGUUGCCAAUCCAAUAGAUGUACCCAAAAGUUCAUUGAAAUACGAAAAAAUUGUUUUUCACUUUAGCUGUGUGUCCCUAAAUUCGAUACUGUUCGCAAUAUUUUCUGUAAUGAAACUGUACUUAAAACUACUUUUAAUUUUUUAUAUCUAUACUUAUGAAAGAUAUACCGUGAAUUGUUCGAAAAUGUAUUGGUUGUAAAUAUCGUAAAUGGUAUUCAAAAUAUGUACGUUCAAUUGAACAUGCAUUUUUGUCCAUAAACCUCGGAAUUUUCUCACUAAAAUUCUUUGAGGAAUUUAGAAAAUUCUGAAACAUUGACGUUAUAGUAGCAUUAUGCAUAUUGUUGAUGUAACAAGAUAUUGAAUUUACGCACAAUGUACUUUAUCAUUGGAGAUUGGGAGAACUUGAAUUCAAAUGUACCUAAAUCAACAAAGUAUAUUUUAGCUUUUCAAUGUUCCGUAUCCAAAACACCACGAAAUAUCAAUCAUUUGUUAAGGCUAUACAGCAUAGGGCUUCAAAACAGGUGACAAGCGCGUCUGAAUAUUGGUGCAAGAUUGUCCAAACUAGAACAUGGAGGCCACUAAAAACUGUAGCAAACAUUAAUUGCACUCAAAAACAUACCAUAGAAGUCAACGAUUGGAUGCGAAAAAUCUGUAAUGGUGGACUUUAGCAAUCGUUUUUUUUUACAAAUCUAGGCAUUUCGACCGAAUUCUAACGUGGUGCUUAGUAACAAUGCAUUACAGUUAAAGAACUUUCGAUCUACACCUAGACAUAGUUCGAAUACCCAAGGUAGUAUAACUACAGAAUUUGCAUUUGUUAAAGAAUGGCCAUUUCGAUGUCAGACUACUAAUCUCCUACUCUCUUCCUGAAUUCUAAAAGUGAAUUCCUUACCUGAAUAAAAUAUUUUUAUUGUGAGCCACACCAAGGCUGAGCAAGUAGUCUUCCAUCUUGAAAAUCCUCUGCAUCUUGACUCAAGUUCCUUCAAAGCUCCAUAUAUUCGUUCCACCGUUAACGCCAAAUAUAUUUUGUACAUGUUGUUAGCAUUUAGUGUCAUUUUGUAUAAUAUAUCAACCUGUAUAAAGUCUCACUGUACUUGGUAUCACUUCCAGUUAGAAGCGACGGUUUCUCAAAGUUGAAUAUUGUCCUUUUGUAAACUGAUCAUAUUCCGCGUUAUAUUUCACACCUAUAGAAGUUAGUGGAACUUCGAACAAACUUCCAAAUAGUACGUGUUUGGUCUGCUGCAACUAGUCGUCAACUUUAAAGGUCAGUUCGGGUACUCAAAGGAUUUGGAAUUCGCGCGAGUUGCAUGGAGUUGGUGUUGAUACUGGAUUAACGCUGAUUAGAUGUGCCUAUGUUACCGAGCAACUAAGUAUUAGAACUUAUUUAUUAGGUGGCAAUCCAGGCUUUGAUCAUACUAUGCUUAUAGCGUCUGAAUCUCUUACUGCUACGCAGUUUUACUACUCACCGACUCAAUAGUAAAUAUACAUGGUGACAUACGGAUUUUUUUAUUUAUGAAAUGAAACAGACUCAUUUUUAUUUUAAUAUUUCAUUGAAAGUUACGAGCUAUAUGUGUGAAAAUGAUUAUUGUAUAAAUGCCCAGUUCUGGAAACAGCCCAAGCCAUAGCCUUCUUGACGACAUCUUCCAUCAGCUUUUGAAAGGCUUCAGAAAGGAUGUUCUGGACAGCUUCCUGAGCAUUGCUCUUCAGCUGCUCUACAAUGUUUGUUUGUAGGAAUAAUCCUUAUUCUUUAGAAAUGGCCUCAAAAAAUAGUUUUUAAACCGUGAAUUCUGGAGUCUAUAAGAAUUGUCACACAGCUGAACAAGAUGUGAAUGUUCUUUGAAAGUCUUUAGGUCUUAAUCUCCCCAUUACGCUCUGCCAUCUAGUCACCAAGAUCACCAGAUUUAAGUCUACUUUUUUGUAAGGAUUCACAAAAAAAUAACGUUUAUGCCAACAAACCAAGCUUUGUGGAAUAGCUAUAAUGAGCAAUACUCAGAAAAGUAUUCAAAGUAUUCAUUCCGGAACCAACCAAAACGUGAUAGAAAACGCAUCAAGGGGCUCAAGUAUGUGCGGCUUUAGAGGCGGACGAUUCGAAAUGUAUUAUUAAUUAUAAUAAAAAAGAAAAAAUAACGGCUUCCGCGUUUUCAAAAAAGUUUGAUAUAGCAUACCACAUGGCGUGGAUCUCUAUUUCUGUAGUUAUUGGGUACAAUUCUGACACCGUAUUGGUCAGAUAGUUAUGCAGAUAGAAUGAAGAAUUUUAAAAUGUCAUCUAAUUCCUCGUCAUAUGUUUUUUUUCAAUUUUGGCUAUAAUUUGUACAGGCUGUUUAGAAUCGUCUAACGUACGUUUUUUUGAAAAAAAAUUAUUUUCAGUUUGGCUUUUAUUUUCAUAACCUUUAUUUUGGUAUUAGCGACGUUUCCAAUUUUUAUACAAACAAAACUAUUUUAGAUAUCUUCCCUAAUAACGAAGCUAUUCACCAACAACAUACUGCAACCUCACCCUGUAUAUUCAACAGUGCAGUAUUCUUGUCGCAUUUUACAAGCUGUUCAGAUGGUUCGCAUUUCCGCGAGAAAAAAAAAUACAAGAUAAUGUGUACCUCGCGUUUUAGGUUUUCUGGAUCAAUCUCAUCGCAUGACUGUAACUUAGAAACAAAGUUCAGUUCGUGAUCAAAUUUCAUACGCAUGAUGUCACUUGGUGACAACUGUUCGGCUUGUCAGUAGGAAAUGCAGUUUAUUAGAGGGCUUUUUUACAAUAUCUGGAAUAUUUGCUUAACAUCUUUUGUGAUCUAUUAUACAUAAUAAUUUUAGAAUUAUAUAGAAGUUUCUGUUUAUAUUCUGAUGUUUCUGACAAUAAAAUUUGAUGCAGUAUAUCAUUAUAGAAUCAAUCAUCUUUAUAAAGUUGUCACUUUUGAAAAAUAAGCAAUAGACGAUUUUUAAGUUAUUGAAUUGUACAAGAUUUAAUAAAUGAAAAUGCGCCUGUAGCUUAUCAAACUAAAAUCUUCUUGGGGUUCCAAAUAAAGAGGCUUGUUUCUUUUUAUCGAAACAAAUUGAUUUCUAGUCAUCCCUGUGUGCAUCAGUAACAUAUAAAUUUGUUUUAUCAACUUCUUAUACAGAAAAAGAAUAGAGAACAAUACACAAUAUAUGAUGUCUUUAUUAUUUAUCUCAUAAUCUUUUUAAUGAGUAGGUAUCAACAAAAAACAUUUGUAUUGGUGAACCAUCUAAUUGAGUAUAUUUUAUAAUUUUCACAAUAUUUAGCCUUUUUUCAUUCGUAUACUGUAAGAAGUGUGCGCCCUUGAUAAAUCCAUCAAAUGAAGCGAAUAUGCAUUACUUUUCAACCUCCAUCCACUUUAAGGUAAUUCUAACCUGUUUUCUUUUGAACAGUAGUCGCUGUUUAUGUUGCUGAUGAUAUUUCAGAACUUGUCCUUUAUGAGACCAAAAAAUGCCAGUUUGAAACGUCUCUGUCUUUUUUUGUUGUUGUUGCUCGAACAAUUCACCACCUCAUAGCACACCAUACUUGAAUGCCUAAUUCACUAUUAAUUAUAUUUCACACGUCAGAUAAUAAGCUUAUGAACACUACAAAUUACGUGAUAAAGCUCUAUACAAGACUGAAAAUUAGUCACCCGUCUCUGGGUAAUUUUGUCACGGAGUGACGUCACACAUGCGAAAGGGAUAGUAGACAGACCGCAUGCGCGUCUUCUUGAGGAGAUAGUAUUAUGAUUCCAUCGUUACGUCGUGAUCACGUCACAGUUCUAAAUCACUGAUAUUAAAAAGUAACAUCUAACGUGAAACAGGCGUACUGGAUGACCUUGGACCACACCCUGUACAUGCAAUAUUUCCAGGCAACACCAGCUCUGAUGAACGAUUUGCACGAGCAGUGCGUGGAAGCGCAUCAACAAGGGCGCUUGGAGGCUUCUACUGGAAAUGAUACCCUUCGUCAUUUAUGUAUGAGUGGAUACAUGUGAAGUGUUUGUAUUUAAAAUCGAUAUAUCGGUUUAUUUCGGGACCUUUGAAAGACUAUGUGCAGCACGCUGCUAACCCAGAAGUGUACCGAUCUGUGUACGGCGUGAAAUGGUGAUGAGGUGAGAGUGUAAGGUGUAUUUAAGAAUAUUUCUUGAUUGUUAUAAAAAAGAGGUUAUUUCUUACCUUACAAAAUCUGUAUCUAGAAUUCAAAAUGCUUAGCCGCCUUUUCUUGGUUUUAUCUAAUACAUUUCCAUAGACGGAAUGAGAGGAAUUAACUCAAAUUCAAUUAAAGGGUUUUGAGAUGUAUGAUGACUUAAAAAGACUUUCAAUAUACCUUUGCUAUAAAACUUAAGCGUAAACGCUAAUAUUCUUAAAGAUCCAUCCCUACGGAUAGAAAAGAAUUGCUUCGGAAACCAAUUUAUAAGAACUUAUCCAUUGAAUACGACUAAAUUCAGAAUCGUUAAUUAAUAAUUAAUUUAAAAAGUAGUAUUCGACUUUCAUUUGUAUGAUGUGAAAAGGCUUGCUCUGCC